UUUUAUAAAUCGUAAAACAGAACUUUCCUUUCCUUUCCUUUCCUUGUGUCCGUCGUCGUUGAAAACUGAAUUGAAAACCCACCCAAACCGAACCUCAAUCUCUAUCUCUCUCUCUGCACCUUUGGCUUUCGUUUUCUUGCUCCGAUUUAGGGCACUCAAACUCGCUCGUUGACUCAGUUGCUUUGAUCUACUCCUCAGGUUGUUGGUUAUUUGCAAGGAAGCUCUCUUCAGUCUUCAGUUUGUUUUGGACAAUUCUGGAUACAAAGGAGGAUUGUUUCAGCAAGGAAUGAAUUUUGGCUCGACCUUUUGAAAUUCAUCAAUGUCGGGGUUACUAAAUUCUUCUCUGAAUGGAUCUGCUUCAAAUCUUCCAGAUGGCGCUGGGCGGUCUUUUGCUACAUCAUUCUCUGGUCAGUCUGGUGCAGCCUCCCCAAUUUUUCAUCACACUGGAUCUAUUCAGGGGUUGCACAACAUUCAUGGGAGCUUUAAUGUUCCCAAUAUGUCUGGUACACUCACAUCAAGAAACUCAACAAUAAAUAAUGUUCCGUCUGGGGGUGUUCAACAACCAACAGGGAGCCUUUCUAGUGGAAGAUUUACAUCAAACAAUCUCCCUGUUGCACUUUCACAGUUAUCUCAUGGAAGCUCCCAUGGACAUUCUGGAGUCACCAAUAGAGGAGGUAUAAGUGUUGUAGGAAACCCUGGAUUUAGUAGUAGCACAAAUGGAAUUGGUGGUUCUAUUCCUGGGAUUCUUCCAACAUCAGCUGCGAUUGGUAACCGAAAUGCUAUUCCAGGAUUGGGAGUAUCCCCAAUUUUGGGAAAUGCAGGUCCUCGAAUCACAAGCUCCGUGGGAAACAUGGUUGGAGGGGGAAACAUUGGAAGGACUGGUGGAGGAUUGUCUGUGCCUGGUCUUACUUCUCGUCUAAAUUUGGGUGCAAACAGUGGAUCUGGUGGUCUAAGUAUUCAAGGACAGAAUCGAUUGAUGAGUGGUAUGCUUCCCCAAGGAUCUCCACAGGUACUUUCAAUGCUAGGAAAUUCUUAUCCUAGUGCUGGAGGCCCAUUUUCCCAAAGCCAUAUUCAAGGAGUGAAUAACUUGAACUCUAUGGGGAUGUUGAAUGAUGUGAAUUCCAAUGACACUUCACCUUUUGAUAUCAAUGACUUCCCUCAACUGACCAGUCGUCCUGGUUCUGCUGGAGGGCCUCAAGGACAGUUGGGUUCGUUACAGAAACAGGGUCUUGGAGUUAGUCCCAUUGUUCAACAAAACCAAGAGUUUAGCCUUCAAAAUGAAGAAUUCCCUGCUUUACCAGGAUUCAAAGGUGGUAAUGCAGAUUAUACUAUGGAUAUGCACCAGAAAGAACAACUUCAUGACAAUGCUGUGUCAAUGAUGCAAUCUCAGCAUUUCUCUAUGGGGAGGUCUGCUGGUUUCAGCUUGGGGGGAGCAUAUUCAUCACAUCGAGCACAACAGCAACAACAACAUACUCCCUCCAUCAGUAGUGGCAAUGUUUCGUUUUCAUCUGUUAACAAUAACAACCAAGAUCUUCUCCAUCUUCAUGGGUCGGAUAUUUUUCCAUCUUCACAUUCAGCCUAUCAUUCACAGACCAGUGGACCUCCUGGCAUUGGAUUAAGGCCUUUAAAUUCUCCAAAUACAGUUUCUGGUAUGGGUUCAUAUGAUCACCUCAUUCAGCAAUAUCAACAGCAGCAGAACCAGUCUCAGUUCCGUCUUCAAAUGUCAGCUGUAAGCCAAUCUUUUAAAGAUCAGGGCAUGAAGUCUAUGCAAACUGCACAAUCUACCCCAGAUCCAUUUGGUUUGCUUGGCUUGCUAAGCGUGAUCAGGAUGAGUGACCCUGACCUGACAUCUCUUGCUCUUGGAAUUGAUCUUACUACACUUGGGUUAAAUUUGAAUUCAUCAGAGAAUCUUCACAAGACUUUUGCAUCUCCAUGGUCUGAAGACCCAACUAAGGCUGACCCAGAGUUUAGUGUGCCACAAUGUUAUUACACUAAACAACCACCUACUCUUCAUCAAGGUUAUUUUUCAAAGUUUUCGGUGGAAACAUUGUUUUACAUCUUUUACAGCAUGCCCAAAGAUGAAGCACAGUUAUAUGCUGCAAAUGAGCUUAACAACAGAGGAUGGUUUUAUCACAAAGAGCUUCGUCUUUGGUUGAUAAGAGUUCCCAACAUAGAGCCACUGGUUAAAACAAACACACAUGAGAGAGGAUCAUAUCACUGUUUUGAACCAAACACAUUCGAAAUCAUCCGCAAGGAUAAUUUUGUCCUACAGUAUGAGUUGUUGGAAAAGAGACCUCAUCUGCCUCAACAUUGAGGAGGAUUCCAAAACAUCAUUGUAAAGUGUCGAUUAUGGUUUUAAUUCCUUAGAAAGUCAUUUUGUAGCUGUGGUGUUCCUUCAUUUGGGCAUUUCUUAUAAUCUUGUUGAUUUAGCGAUCCAAGCCAGUAUCUAUCUUUCCCCUGCCUUAAUAUUAACAAUAAUCAAGUAGGUGUCAAGAUAACCUAGCCGUCUGUCAUGAUUUUCUGCCAGCUUUGUAAAAUACACAGAAAAACAACUGAAUUAAAAUUGGUUGUCUUGGAGUUAUUCUCCUAAUGCUGAAAUAAUUUAUCUUA